AUGAUUGAAAAUAUUGUUGGCGAAGAUCCCAAUGAAAUCCAUCAACGAUUUUUACCACCAAAAAACGUCGGGAACGAUGUAAAAAUAAUUGAAUUAGAUAAUCGAAAAACCGGAAUAUCGAAUGCUAAUAUGGAUGGUUGUAAGGAAUGGAAUUGUAUCAUUCGUUAUCAACAAUCUGAUAUGAUUAUCUCGACUGCUGAUGCUAUUUUAAUCAACAGGAGAAAAAAAGAACACUAUCAACAUUAUCAUAUCAAUAAAUACUACAUAUUUUUCACUCAGGAAUCAGCUGCUAAUUAUCCAUUCAAUCAUUCAUCCUUCAAUUUAACAUUGAAUUUUAUUCGUAAUAGUCCAGUUUCAUCACCAUAUGGAUAUACGGUGAAGUUAGCAAAAGGUUCAAGGCCUAUAGGCUCGUUAAUUAAUGAUGAUAUUAUACGGAAUAAAAGCAUACCUAUCGCAUGGUUUGUAAGUAAUUGUAAAACUGCAAGUCAACGUGAAAUUUAUGUUAAAUAUUUAAAGAAGUAUUUAACUGUUGAUAUAUUUGGCUUCUGUGGUAAUACAUCUUGCGUAGACAAUGAUUCGUGUGAAAAUCUGCUCAAUUAUGUUUAUUAUUUUUAUUUAUCAUUUGAAAAUUCGAUAUGUGAAGAUUAUAUAACGGAGAAGUUAUGGAAGCACGGAUAUGGCCAUGAAAUAAUACCAAUUGUAUUGAAACGAUCAAUUGUUGAACGAUACGCACCACCGCAUUCAUUCAUUGCUGUUGAUGAUUUUAAAACAAUCCAUGAUCUGGCUGAUUACUUGAAAUAUUUAAUGCAUAAUCUAACAGCAUAUAGGGAAUAUUUUGAAUGGCGACGAGAAUACAAGGUAUUAUUUUUGAAUGGUAAUAUUCAUGAUGAUCUGGAACGACCAUGGGGAUUUUGUCAACUUUGCAGAUUAUUAUGGAUGAAUCCACGACCAAAAUAUGUUAUUGAAAAUUUUACUGAUUUCUGGCACAAUUCAUGUGAAUUAUCCGGCACUCUGGUAAAUACAAUUUUACGGGAAGAACUUAAAAAUUCACAACAAUUUGAAUUGAACACCAAAUUACAGUGA